AACACCGGCCACGUCUGCUUCCGGUGGAGCGCGCAACGCCAUUUCCGGGGCGGGCCUAGUGCACAUCAACAUCCGGGUCACGGAGAUCUGCCCCCCAGCAGAUUCUCGUUUCCGGAGUGAGGCCACCCGUCAGACACGGUAGUGAGAGUUGGUCCUUCGCCUGGAAGAAGCUGCGUGUCCUCAUCCUCACUGAAGUCAGUGGGAGUCCAGCACCUCACAGGAUUGGUUCCAAAGUUUGUUUCCAGGUAAUCCCCAGCGAUUCUCUGGCUGUGGAAGUGUCAUAUGUUAACUAAUGAAGACUAGAUAAGUGUCAAAACAGAGUGAGCUGUGGAAGGAUGGAUUUCACAGAGGCCUAUUCAGACAGAUGCUCCAGUGUUGGACUUGCAGCUAGAGAAGGAAAUGUCAAAAAUUUGAGGAAGCUAAUUAAACAGGGAUACAGCGUUGAUGUUCCUGAUAACAGAGGGUGGAUGCCAAUCCAUGAAGCAGCAUUUCACAACUCCAGUGAAUGUCUGAAGCUGUUAAUUAAUGCAGCUCCAUCUGAUAACUACAUAAAAUCAAAGACAUUUGAGGGUACGUGUGCAUUACAUCUUUCUGCAAAUCAUGGAUGUUUGGAAAGCGUCAGUGUUCUCUUGGACGCAGGAGCUGAGACUAAUGACGUUACUUAUGAAGAAACUACUCCACUAUUCCUAGCUGUAGAAAAUGGACAUCCAGAAAUUAUAAAGCUUUUACUCCAACACGGAGCAAAUAUUAAUGGAUCCCAUUCUUGGUCUGGAUGGAAUUCUUUGCACCAAGCUUCUUUUCAGGGACAUACUGAAAUAAUAAAAUUGCUUCUUGAAAAAGGAGCAAACAAGGAAUGUGUGGAUGACUUUGGAAUCACACCUCUGUUCAUUGCUGCUCAGUAUGGGAAGCUGGAGAGUUUACAAAUACUUAUAUCACAUGGUGCAAAUGUCAAUUGUCAAGCCAAGGACAAAGCCACUCCAUUAUUCAUUGCUGCACAGGAAGGCCAUGCUGAGUGUGUGGAACUAUUGUUAUCAAAAAGGGCCAAUCCAAAUCUCUACUGUAAUGAGGAGGAAUGGCAGUUGCCUAUUCAUGCAGCAGCCCAAAUGGGCCAUAGCAACAUAUUGGGAUUGCUAAUACCAGUUACUGAUCGGACCUGUGACACAGGAAAAGACAAAGUGAGCCCUGUUUAUUCAGCAGUUUAUGGUGGUAAUGAAGAGUGCUUGGAAAUGUUACUUAAAGAAGGCUACAGCCCAGAUGCUCAGAAGUGCCUAAUCUUUGGCUGCAUAUCACCUAUGUGCAUGGUUUUCCAAAAGAAGUUUUGUGGUUUAAUUCCUAUUCUGCUGAAGUAUGAGAUCCACCUACUCGAGAUUAAUUUAGGAUACUGCCUGCAUCACAAAAAGUUUUAUUGGUUUCGGCACUUCUUGAAGGUGGGCUGCCCAAUGCCUUCUGGGGAGCGCUCACUAGAGUUUACAAAAUAUGCUGUUAAAGCGCAGGAACAGAACAAAGAAUGGCUACCAUAUCUAUUGUUGGCUGGAUUUAAUCCACUGAAUCUGUUGUGCAGACUGUGGAUUUAUUCUGUGAAUGACGACAUCCUUAAUUUCACUCUGGAAUUCACUAACUGGAAAAGGCUUCCUCCAGCUGUAGAACAAAAUCUCUCUGACUACAAAGAAACCUCCACCUGGAUUCCACAUAACCAUUUUGCCUUUAUCCCUUCCUUGGCUCACCUUUGUCGUCUUGAGAUCCGGUCCAUUUUAAAAAGUGAACACCUACGAUCUGACCAGUUUAUCCGUAAAUUGCCAUUGCCCACUUGUCUACAGGACUAUUUGCUGUAUUUAGAUAUAUUGAGAAUAAAUGGCAUUCCAGAACUGGUGGAUGUUCAGGGUGAAUUGGAUGAAGGAACAUUUUGCCCAACUCAUUCCAAUUCAGAAGACACCAAGACGGGAAGCAUGUGGUGCUGAUGCUUGAUAGUCAAACUGCCUGAGUCUGGACCCAAAUGUUGCAGACGUUAUAAAUGUCAAUUAGCAGACUCCACAGGAGAGCUACUGUAUCUGCAUAUUUGCUACUCUAGUAAAGGGUUUUUUCACAUUGCAGUUUACCUUUUAAUUAGAAGUAUGUUGCAAGUUAUGAUGUUCUCAACUACAUGGAAAGCUUUAAAAAAAAAUCUGUUCUAGUCCCUUCAUUUGUAUUCUUUCUUUCAAAAGAAAAUUCCUUCCUCUUAUGUGGUAAAAUGAACCUGUUCAGUGAACAUAGUUUCUAGAUAGCUAUCCCUGUCAGUCACUAAAUUAAUGUGAAAAAUCCUAUUACAAAUACUAUACAUGCCAAACAAAAUAUGUUUUAAAGUAAAAAAUUACAAAUUAUGUGUGUAUUCUGUAUUUACAUGUUGAGAAAUGGUCUAGAUGAGCCAGACAUCUGAGAUCACUGAAUGUCCAAAAGGAAAGUGCUUGUUGAGGUAGGUCUGAUCCUUGUGAUAAUGGACAAUAAUCUGUUUUAAUUUGUAUGAAUUAAUUAAUCUAUAAUUAGUUGCUUCUAUUCUGCCUUCCAUGAAAAUGUCUUAGAAUAUUCAUUUUACCAUAAAACUAUACAUAGUAUUUUAUUUGCAAAACAAUACUUCCUCCAACCCAACUUUAAAGACAUGAAAAUGAAAUUUUUGGUACUUUGGAGAUGCAGAUCAGGUUUAUGCACAUACUCGAUAGAAGAAAAAAGCAAUAUUCAGAUUAGUGUUUGAACAGCACAUACUACAGUGGUAUUUGGAAUGAUGUUAUAGUAGAAUUGAAAUGCUGCAAUAAUCCCAAAUUUCAUGUUCAGAUUCAUGGACUAUUUAUUCUAGUUUCUUAGAAAUUAGAGUACAAAAGGAAUUCAGGUUCACUAUGAGUGUGGUGAUUUGUCCUAUUACCAGUAAUUACUCUAAAACAUAUUUUGGAGUUUCUUACUAAUUUUUUUAUCAGGAGAUUAAGCACCUACCUGUUCAGUGAUCCCAUAUCUGCUGGUUGCAAAGAGGAGUUUAAUCUGCUGAAUGUAUUUAUUUUUUCUUUAUUUACAUAGCAUCAACAAUCUCUGUUCUGAUUGGUAAGACUUGAGUUCUGGCCCUGUUUGGGAUAUUUCUGGAGAUGGAAUGUCUGUUCUUGCUGGCUAUCCUCAUUUCUGCUUUUCUGUUACCAAAGUCCCAACUAUGUCACAUAUCUAGAGUUGACCAUGGUCAGGAAUGCAAACAAUGGUGGAUAUUAUAGCUUAAAUUUAAAAAAAAAAUUACUGCGGGUUGGAAAAGUUAGCCAGCCUUCAUAAAUGGAAAUGCAAACUAUACACAUGAGUGAGAACAGUCAAUUCAAGUUCCUUCUUGCCUUCAAAAGAUCUUAUUAGCUUAGACACCUUUAUUUCCACAUGAGGUUUGUAGUGAGAGGAAUUUGAUAACAUUGGGUAGAGAUGUGCCUGUGUACUGUGCUGUAUCAGAGUGCAUAUGUUCAUUGUUAGGAUACAAUGCUAACGUUGUAAUAAUUGGUAUCACCUAUAUUUUCCAUGUGUUAUCAAACCGUUGCUCUCAUUUAAUAAACAAUUUAAGAAGAAAA